GCCGCCUCUGUUAGUACGAAAUUCCCGCAGUGUUAUAUGGCCACAAUUGAAAUGCCCGCUACCGUGCAGUUUUAAGAAUCUCAUAAACUUGUGCGUUUACUUGAUCAAGGUACUCUUCCCAAAAUUCUUUACCUUGUUGUUCCGCUCUGCAUUUGUCCCCGCAGCCUUGCGAUGGUGGCUCAGCCCGAUGGUUAUUGAGAGCGGCGGUCGCACCUCCCGCAGUAGUUCCGGUCUGUCCUCGGAGGCUGACUCAUCGGGCGGUAGCUUGGAUAGUUUGGUAGAAGAUUUUUUCGGGAAGGUGUGUGUCUCCCCGUCCAACUGCGAAGUCAUGACUAUCAAAAAUCGCAAAGACAGAAUUAAAGCUGACCGCCAGUCCGAACGGGAUGUAGCUGGUCCGUCAUCCUUUGCGUCUCGACGUCCUCACGGUUUUAAGCCUUAUAAGUACCCUGAAGACAGGAAGGACAAUGCAUUGCAUCGCGUCCGAGUGCACAGCACUCACCCGCAUGAGGCUCCGCUUGGGAGGCCCAAUGAAGGUGCGGUUUAUCACACUCCCGGACCAUUCUCAAGGGUACAGUCGCAUCUAUCCAUUGCUCAGUCGGAGUGCGUUGCUUCUGGUUUUGACGGUCGUUCGGGUAUUCGCGAACAACUAACUAAACCGCAACCAGUAGCAACAAGUACAGACAAGGAGAACGGAAAUAAUAGUGAAGACGAAUACCAUUACACUUCACAUUCCUGCAGAUCCCCACAAUCUCAAAUCGAUGAAAACAACUUAGAAAAGCUUCUGUUAGAGAAGAGAGGUUGGCGAAUCGUCAAAGUAAAAGCCGACGGUGCCUGCUUGUUUCGCAGUGUCGCCCAUCAAAUUUUUGGUGAUGAGGAGCACCACGAAGUUGUGAGAAAACAAGUUGUCGACUACAUGCUUGAAAACAGAGAACAUUUCUCACCUUAUGUAACGGAGGAGUUCGACCAUUAUAUAAACCGAAAAAGAGCUUCCACUUGCUACGGCAACCACAUCGAAAUUCAGGCAAUCGCGGAACUGUACAACAGACCAGUAGAAAUAUACCACGACUCUGUCGAGCCUAUCAAUGUGUUUCACGCUGAAUACUCAAAGGAGUUCCCGAUCCGGUUGAGCUAUCAUGGUAGAGUUCAUUACAACUCUGUUGUUGAUCCAUACAAGCCGUCUUUUGGGUGCGGCUUAGGAAUGCCGAACUAUCAACCCACUUUAUCGGAACCGGACUUGAUCGCGCAGGCAUUGCAGGAGUCCGAGAAUACUCAGUUGGAAGAAACGAUUUUGCGCGACAAAUUGGCCGAAUCAGAGAAAGGGGAGAUUGAGCGGUGCCUCGAAGCGCAGGCUGUUCGUGAAUCUUAUUAUGACUACCUCAGCCAACUGCAGUUACCGGUUGUCCGCCAUUCUGGGGGUUCACCCGGUCAGUUUUUAAUGGGCGAAUCAGCCACUGCUGUUGGAGCCCCGUCAUCAUCCGUCGGCAUGGCCUGCGCUUCAACCUCUGGAAUACGACCCUUUGGCCGCCCACCUGCUGUUACGUUGUCUCCGGCACCGCUACCAUCCUCCUCUAGACAAACUUACCUCCCUCCUGAGUUGCGAGGUUUAGACGAAGACUCAUUAGUCGCCAUAGUCAUGGAACGUUCGAGGAAUGAAUAUCUACAAUCACUUGGCAGAAGUCGCUCAUCUCCGUCUUCUGUCUCUCACGAUGCUAGUAGUUUGAAUCAGUUGCUUUUGGCCACCACGAGCUCACUUGAUCCACCGGAUUCAUCAUCUGCCCCUUUACCGGACGAUGUGCAUACCCCCUCCACUUGACACGCUGCGGAAUCCUUCCACUAUUUCCCCCUUAUUUUCGGCCUUUUGCCUGUUACCAGGGUGAUGUGUGCCUUUAUCGUCCUUUCAAAACUGAUGGCUAGUUGUGAUGACAUAUUGUGAACGUCUUUCUGACAUCUCAAACCGAAUUUACUUGUUCGUCCCCUCUUUUGCGAUCACUCUAUGUGAUCUAGAUACGUGUACUAUCCUGCUUCCGAUUUAGCGGUGUUUGGGAUUAGGUCAAUUGUAACUAACUUCUUCGAUCUGAUAAUUUUCAGUGUUCGACUGAUUUUCUUGGUUGCAUCCCGCGAUUGGUCGGGUCGGUCUGUUUACGGUUGGAGAACUUGUACAUGUCCAUCUUUCUGUGUUUUAAUCUUCGUAUUUGGGGCGUCAACUUGUACUUGCACCUUAUCUGACGUUCCUCCUCCUCCAGUAUCUCUCUUACCGGAGCCUGAAAGCUUCACCCCUAAGAUGGUAAUCCAAAUUGCAUUCGAGCACAGGUUGAAAUGCUUGUUCUGCUCCACAUCGUGAUCUAAAUGUUGGUCGACCAACCCUAUGUUGUUUUACUGUGCGCGCUCGGGUUCUAUUUUAGCUUGGUUUUGAUGUUACCUGUACUGAAGCCAAGUCCAUUCCCACACAGCAAAUAGAUUUUAUCCGUAUUA